AUGACAUCAACACAGUCUAAAUAUGACGACGAAUUAUCUAUUUUGUCGGAAGAAGCAAAUGUAAAAGAAAUUGAAAGAAUAGAGAAACCUACACCUUUACAAUUUUAUAGAGAUUACGUAUCACAGAAUAGACCUGUUAUAAUUAAAGGUGCAAUUGAUGAUUGGAGAGCAUUGAAAUUAUGGACAAAUCAAUAUCUAUGUGAGAAGAUGAAGGAUGUAGAAGUUACAGUUGCAAUAACACCAGAUGGUCUUGGUGAUGCUGUAAAAGAUGUCGAUGGAACUCAAUGUUUUGUAAAACCUCUCGAAAAGAAGUUAAAGUUUCAAGAUUUCAUGAAUGUAAAGGAACAAGAUAAAAAUAAUAUAUAUUAUAUUCAAUAUCAAAAUGGCAGUUUCGAUUUGGAGUUUGAGAAUCUUUGGUCCGAUAUCAAUCAUCUAGCAAUAGACUUUGCAAAAGAAGCAUUCGGAAUGGAUCCUGAUGCUGUUAAUUUUUGGUGUGGUGAAAAUCGUUCUGUUUCGUCUUUACAUAAAGAUCCAUAUGUUAGAGGUACAAAGAUAUUUACAUUACUUCCACCAUUGGAUUAUCCGUUUCUCUAUGAGACAGAGUUCCCCUCUGCAACCUAUGUUGAAAAACAACCUAAUGGUGGCAAUGGUGAACUUGUUGUGGAGAUGGAUAGUCCACCUACGAGUAUUCCAUGGAUACCAGUCGAUCCUACAUUGCCUUAUGAGUUGAAUAGAGAUCGAUUCCCACAGAUCGAUCGUGCUCACCCAUUGCAUGUCGAGGUACACGAAGGUGAGAUCCUCUAUUUACCUUCAUUAUACUAUCAUAGAGUUGCACAGAGUGGUGACGACGAAGGCAAAACAAUUGCAAUCAACUAUUGGUUCGAUAUGAAAUAUGGAUUGAAUUAUAGUGGCAGUUGUAUACACUUCGAUGGUUCUCAGAGCCAUUCCGGGCUGUCUGUAAUGCGCAGUAAUCAUUUCACCUUGUUCAGUGACUCUGAGUCUUCAUUUGGAAAUUAA